AUGACAAGUGCAUAUCAGAGUGCGGCGCAGGAGAACAACGUUUUGACUGGAGACGCACCCGAGGCACCACCGAGGAAAAAAGGAGAUCACGAAUCCAUUCGAAAAAAGUUGCAAGAUGCUGGUGUAUUGAGAGUGUCAGAAGAACAAGGCAACCUCGACAGUUUGCGUCAACUCACCGAUGUCAUUGAUGAAAUCGAACAGGGCGUCAAGUUAACACUAAACACGGAAUACUGCAAAUCCUAUGAUAUACCAUAUGACAGACGUAAUUGGGGGUUGGAUGCCCUUGAUGGUAAUCUAAACAGUUUCAAGUAUGACAUCUGGGGCGAUGGAGAGGGAAUAGAUGUGUAUGUGGCAGACACAGGCAUCAAUCCAAACCACGAAGAUUUCACAGGGAGAGUUACUAUUGGCUGGCCUACAUCUGCAAGUGUUGACGACGAUGGCCAUGGUACCCAUGUGGCCAGUAUCAUCGUCGGAACCAAUUCUGGCGUGGCAAAGCGUGCUAACAUAAUUUCCCUGAAGGUUUGUUCAAGUUAUGGAUGCUAUCUUUCCGAUAUAUUGGAAAGUUGUCUGUGGGCAAAACAAAGAGUGCAAAGCUCUGGGCGACUCUCCGUUAUUAACUUCAGUCUUGGUGGGCCGUUCACCAGUUCUCUGAACGACGCAGUCGAUGAUCUACUCGCAGCGGGAAUCCCCGCAAUUGUUGCAGCUGGUAAUUCUAAUAAAGACGCUUGCACUGUCUCUCCUGCUAGCACUCCCAAUGCCCUCACGGUCGGAGCCUUUAAUUACUACUUUGAAAAGUCUAGUUUCAGCAACUAUGGUCCCUGUUUAGAUCUUUAUGCCCCGGGUGAGAGUAUCGAAGCUGCUGACUUCUCUGGAAACAAUCAAUAUACUAAAAUGAGUGGCACCUCCAUGGCAGCUCCGUUUGUGACCGGCGCCGUGGCUGCCUGGUUGCAGGUCCUCAGAGAUAACGGGACUAUCACCUCACCCUCUGCCCAGGUCGUCAACUACGCCAAUGAGUACAUCAUUCAGUACGCAUUGCGUGGAAAACUUACGGGUGUCAGUGAAGGCAAUUUAGCUUUGUCUACUCCAUGCUUGGAUAAUUGA